ACUGUAUAUUGCUAAAAGUUAUAAGCGUUGACAAGUGAGAUAAACAUGCUAAUUUAAUUCAAACGGCAAUAAAUAACUUUGAUAUCGUCAAGUGUCGUGCAGAAGAUUUCGAUUAAUUGAUGAUACCGCAAUACGUUUUCGUUUGAAGAUAUCACAACGUCACGUUUGUGUUUGAUUGAGUUGGCUGUGUUGAUUACAUAAUGUGUACAAAACUAUUGUUGUUAUAUGUAGUUACAUGUAAUGCCUUCUAUCUGGUGGCUGCAAUCGCGGGAGGGCAUAAUUCCACAAUCACACGUCAUCAAGGCGCUGCUUAUCUCCAAAGAAACAACCGGCUUAUUUGUGGAGCAGCGAUUAUAAGCAGCAAUUGGCUCUUAACUAGCGCCAAAUGCGUUGGGGUUGGAACUCACGGCCUGACGGUUCACGCAGGUUCAGGCUUUUCCUCCAAUGGUACGUCGUUUCAAGUGGAGAAAGUAAUAGUUCAUCCAGAUUACAAGCAAAAUUCUCAUGAUGCAGAUCUAGCAUUAUUGUAUGUGAACGAAAACGUUACUGACACAAACUUUACCCGCGCUUUUCUGCUACCGUGUGGGAAUGUUCAAGAGAUUCCAGAAGGAGCCUACUGCCAUUUGAUAGGUUGGGGUAGGCUUGCCAACGGAUCCUACCCCGAGCAACUUCAAAUGGCCUACACCACAGCUUUGGCAAGAGAAACAUGCAGGAGUAUGUACUCAGAAGAGCUUGUGACUAUGAAAAUGUUUUGUGUUGCCAGCAGCCUAAACAACUUGGAGCAAAAUGGAAUGGCGGCAUGUCAGGGAGACUUUGGAGGUCCUGUUCAAUGUUUCGCUUCAGGUUUGAUUGGAUUGAAUGGCAUUGCGUCUUGGGGAAUGGGAUGUAAGGAAACCAAUAACAGGCCUACGGUGAUCACGCAAGUUUACAAUUAUCUCGAAUGGAUAACAGGCGUAACUGGAAUUGUACCUCCUUAGCAUGCAGCCUAGAUCAUUGCGUAAUGUCGAAAUCACGAAAGAUGACGAUUACGUCAUACCAUAAAUUGUAGCGAAAUAAUUACCGGACGUACGUCGAUGAUAAGGUUACGAUGUCAGGAACAUGUGAUCGAAGUUAGCUGAUUUCAGUGAUUAUUUUUAUUUAUUCUAUUUCAUGAUUUUAAAUUAUCAUUAUCCGUGCACAAAUUUAGAUUUUAAGACUUCUAUUUGCAAUAAAAUUACAUAUUUAUUUAAAAAAAAACAGCAUUUCCUCUGUUCACAAUAAUAGUACGUAUUUUGAACCUAUCUUUCAUCUAAUAUUGUUGAGUCCCUAGAGUUCUUACCAAAAUCAUAAUAAUACAUUGGUAUCAGCUCCAUUAAAACGACCAAUUGAUUCUGAGAACAUGGUUUUAUUUUGUAAAAAAAAAUACAAACACAAAUAAGCAUACCAAAGUGAAAAUAUUUUUGUACUAUUUCAUGUCAUGCCAUCCACUAUUCAUUUUAGCAUAAGCUACAAAAUUAUAUAAAACAUAUCAAAUAAAAUAAACUGUACAUUUCAAUAUGUUAUUCCAUUACUUAUGGUCAAAUUCAGAUUCAAAAUUAAUCGCUACUGUCAGAUUCAGUAUCGCUAUCUGAGUCAAAUGAGAUUAUCAGUGGUUCUGUUUCACGAGUAAUAGUUUUGUUGUACCACUCUAAAAUUACAUCAUGGGUAUGCUUCACACAUUUUUUCCAAACCUCUGGUGUAAUUUGUGACAGAGCUUCAUUCCACAUAGCUAAAACAUUUUCAUCACUAUGACCACAUCUUCCAAUAUGUCUAUCAUAAUACUGCUUAGCAUUGGCCCAUAUUAACUCGAUGGCAUUAAAUUGACACUGGUAUGGGGGGGUACGAAGAACUUCAUGUCCAUAACUUCUUAAGAUUUCAUCUAUUAAAUACUUCUUUUCCUUACGAUUUAUUUUCACUAUAUUCAAUAACUCCACUUUAGUUAAUGUUGGUUGGAACACAAUUUCAUUUUCAACCAGCCAGUCAAUAAUCUCUUUUUUGGAGAACUUGUGUUUGGGGUCUUUUCCAAUAAAAUGCUAUGAUAGGAUGCAUUAUCCAUAAUUAUCACUGAUGGCUCUUCCAAGUUGCAGAGGGGUUUUUCUUUUAACCACUUAAUGAAUGUCUCGCCGUUCAUAUCACCAUGGUAAUCUGCAGAUUUAGACUGUGAGGAAAAUAACAGACUUGCUCCAUCAACAAAUCCUUUUUCGCUCCCUGCAUGGACAACAAUAAAUCGCUUUCCUUGAAAGCCCAAUGGUCUCCUUACACUUUUUAUUGACUCAUCUUGCCAAGACUUUUUUGGACUGCCUUUUGAAAAUAUCCAUGUUUCAUCCAUGAAAACAAUUUGAUGCGAGGAAGUGUUCACAUAGUCAUUAUAACUUCUCAAAAAUUUGGUGCGAAGUAAAGCAAUACUGGAUUGCUCAACUAGAAAUCUUCUAUUACCAUCUUUUUUAUAUUUAAAGCCUAUGGUGGGCAGCACUCUUUGUAAAGAGCUAUUGCUGAUAGAAACAAGCUCUUUCUCUUUAAGCGUUUUAUUCAAAUUUGCUAUUGUGACAUGUUUCUCUGAAACAAAACAAAAAAUCAAUAAUUUGGAAUGUACCAUCUCACGCUCAUUAUCAUUACUUUCACUAUACAUUUGAUACACUACAUCUCGUAUAUUAUGCCUGACUGCAUCAGAUAAAUCUGUUGUCUUAGACUUUUUUCUGGGUCUCUUCUUUCCAGGUGAUCUUAGGACAUUAUCAUUAGAUGAUAAACGGCGCUGUAUUCUGGUAAUAGUGGACAAACUGAUACUUAGUGCCUGAGCCACCCUCUGAAAAAUAAUAUAGAAUAAAUUGUCAAUCAUAUGACCAUAUUUCUAACUAUUACAAACCUCUUGGACAGCUAACAAUGGUAAUAGAGGCCCUCCAUUAUCCUUUUCUUGUUGAAAGUAAUUCAGCAAGGAUAGUACCAAGCCCUGUGAUUGAGAGCUAAGAGUUUUGCCUUUCAUAGCGAAAACUAGAAUUAAAGUCUUAAAUGAUGCUCUUAUGUUGGAAAUUAUUUAGUUUCUACCUUAAUAAUAAUUUUUAUGAGGAGUUUUUGGUUUGAAAAAAACAGUUAUACACACAACAGAAUACACCUCAAGACAGGAACACCAACGACCAAAGUAUUGUUCGAAAACAACCUAACCUGACAUGGCAUAACCUCACUUGUCAUCUUUCAAAUGUGAUCGAUCAUGAAACAUGCAAAAAUCGUCUGUCUUUAUCGGAUACAUGCAAUUCAGCAAUACUACUUGUUUAGACAAUACAAUUUUGUUUGUCUCUGUCUAACACAUCUGAACCUUCAUUUAAAAAUAUUCACAAAUGGCUGUCGUUUGUCUUUACUACAGAAUAAAAUGAUGACGUAAUCGUCAUCUUUCAUGAUUUCGACUAUAUACAAAAUGUUAAUAUAGAUACAAGUGCAAAUUAAAAUGUACCGGUGCUGAUGAA